AUGGCACAUACGGCAACUCUAGCGAUAGCAGUCUCCUCAAUUCUCUUUAUUUUACGCGACUUUUUGGUGGGAACACGUAUAAUGGUAUGGCUUGUUGCGGUAAGCUCCUCGACUUGCUCUGAGCAAUUUUCUCUGCUGCUGCGUAAAGAUCUCUUGGGCAUACCGAAAGAAGACGCG